CACUCGCUGUCAGGCCCAUAUCAUAUUAAGCGAAACUAAAAUUAAUUUGGGAGAAAGUUUAUUUCAUGCCAUAAUAGAAAGCCACAGAAACCCAAAACCAAAAGUCAAAAUUCACUUUAUUGUCAUAUAGACCCUGUUCACUUUCCUACAAUUAUAUUUCUCACGGAACACACAAAUCCCCAUUGGUAUCAAAUCGCGAGGUGAACGCCAUGUCAGCUUGGAAGAUAGCCCCGUGUCGAGCACCGGGUCUCCCCAAAUUGGAAGAGCAGGAGGAGAGCGACCUGCUGUCCAGCGGCAUAGAUUCCAGCGACGCAGAGGAGGAGACCGAUCUGGAUGCCGCCUACGAUGAGCUGGAGGCGAUGAAGCAGCGCCUGAUCGCACUGCGUAAUAAGAUAAUAGUCACAAAUCCAGAUGCGUGCCAGGAUCUGAAGGUUCGGGAGCUCUGGAGCACAGGGGGCGGGGAACUGCAGGAGUUGCGUGACCAGAAGUGCCAACUUAUUUGCCGACUUCAAGAGGUAACCCAACACCUGAAGGACUCGCAAAAUGAGCUCAAGGAACUGGAGGGUUGGCGUUGCCACCUCCAGUCCCGCAUCCAUCAGGCAAAGCGGCAGCUUAGCCAGUUCGGGGACUUCAAACUGAAGGUCAUCCACCAGUUUGGGCUGUGCCUCGAGCGUUGGGAACACCAGAAGACAUGCAAAGUGGACUACACCACCUACCGCAAGGAAAUGGAGGCCCACAUCCUUCACGCGGACAACGUCCGACAGAGCGUGGUGCACCAAAAGUGCCACAAGUCCUACAGACGCCGCAUCCGCUUCGAGCUCAUGCUGAUCCGCGUUUUCCUGCACAAUCUCUUCGAGGCGAUGGUCAACGACUUUAAGUUCUUCAGCCGUCACAUGAGCAUUAACUUCUCCAUUGGAUCCAUCCCUGGCACAGACCCCACAGCUCCGGAAACUCCAAUCAACACUGUUUCUUCUUCCGACCAGGAGAGCCGCAAAUAAAUGCUCCAGCAAUUAAUGCUUUAAUUUACAUUUUAUUUUCGCGGCCCCUCUGCUUGUAAUGGCCUGGGAAAUGUCGCCCAAUUAAGGUUAUUGAGGUUCCGCGGACCUAAUGGCCCUUUUGUGGCCAAUAAUUACAAAAUUUCAACUCGAACGGAACAGUCGCGGCCAUCAUUAAAGCCUAGCUAUCACGGACUUUCCGGUUGCCUAAUCCGACUUUCGACGUCAGCCAAAUGUGCUGGCAUUCCCACCAGGAUAAGAUGGCUAAAUACGAAACGGCAUCAGAUAAAAACAAAAGCAGAUUUGUCUUUCCCCAUCCGCGCUGCGAAUCGAGGCAAUCCGCACCACACACUGAAACCGAACGGAGCUAAGCUGACUGCCUCGGGCUGAAGGCCAGCAGCCAAGGCUGAAAUCCUUAUCCUGCUCCUGCUCCAACUCCUGCUCCAUUUCCUAUUCCAGCUCCAUAUCCUUUUCGGAGGUUUUCGAAAUGCGUAAAAACUCAAUUGCUGCGCAUUUGACGAGGAGGUUGGCGAAGGGGGCUGGAAUCCGGGAUCGACAUGGGUCCCGGGUUGAGUGAGAUGCUAGAUAACGCCGAAAUGGAAUGGCGGGGAAUGGUCUCCGCUGGCGAAAACGAAUUUAUUGGAGUCAUGUGCUAAUGCCAAUGCCAAAUUGCAAGGUUACAAGCGUUUAGAGGCUGACUGCUUU